UUCGUAACGUAAAAAAAAAUGGGCCCCCUCACGUGACCGCGCAACACGUGCUUACCUAACGGACUCGUCACACACUAAACGCCUCUCCCUCAACCCAACAAAUCCCCCAAACGCCUUCUCUCACGUCCGUCUGUUCUUCUCCGUUUCCGUCAACCCUAACCCUAACGCCGUCCAUGGCCUCCUGUGACGACGAUUUUUCCCUUCUCGACGACCACCAAAACCCUGAUUCCACCCAACCUUCCGCCACCAUCCAAACCCCGCCGUUUAGCGUCAAUCCGUACGACCAAGACUCCGAUCCAUUCGAUUCCGAACCGGAUCCGAGUUCCCGAUCCGGUAAACGCGCUACCGAGCGCGAUGAGAUCAGCAAUGGCGUGUCAAAAAGGACGAGACUACACUCCGCCUCGUCUUCCGCCGGUGACUACAGGAAGGACAGAGAAGAAUGGAGUGACACGGCCAUCGCGUGCUUGUUGGAGGCAUAUACCGAUAAGUUUGUGCAGUUAAAUAGGGGAAAUUUGAGGGGAAGGGACUGGGAGGAGGUGGCGGCGACGGUUAGCGAUAGAUGCGAUAAGCAGAGCAAGAGCGUGGAGCAGUGUAAGAACAAGGUGGAUAAUUUGAAAAAGCGAUACAAAUUGGAGAGGCAUCGGUUGAGCAACGGUGGCUUAUCGGCGAGUCACUGGCCUUGGUUCCAGCAGAUGGAGCAAAUUGUUGGGAACAGUAUUGCGGCUAAAGCUGCUGCAGACGAGGAAAAGAACUCUGUCAGCGGUGGAUCCUCCAUUUGUACUAGGCAGCCAAAGAGACAUGCAACAACAACUGCAACUGCAACUGCAACUGCAAGUCCCGGUGGUCAGAUUAUGACGAUGAAGUCGAAACCAUCUGCUAAUCUUAGGUGGCGAAGAGUCGUGUUCAAAAUAAGUGGUGCUGCUCUAGCUGGAAAUGCUUCAAAUAAUAUAGAUCCAAAGGUUUAUGCUAACCCCAUUUUAUUUUCUUAUAAUUGGAUCCAAUUUCUUGAUCAAUUCUCGAGUACAUCUUCAAAUUUACAUUAUUACUGUGCUUAUAGUUAUAAGUAUAUUGUGAAAAUGAUGGCAACCGUGAUGAACUCCAUACUGCUGCAGUCGGCUUUGGAGAAAUUGGGUGUGCAGACACGCGUGCAGAGUGCAUUCUCUAUGCCAGAGGUUGCUGAACCAUAUAGUAGACAACGAGCCAUCCGGCAUCUUGAGAAAGGAAGAGUGGUGAUAUUUGGCGGUAUUGGAGCUGGGACAGGAAAUCCACUCUUUUCUACUGAUACAGCUGCAGCUCUUAGAGCAUCAGAAAUUCAUGCUGAUGUGGUCAUGAAAGGAACAAACAUGGACGGUGUUUUUGUUUGCGACCCUAGAAAUAACAAUAUUGCGGCAGAGCACAUAUCCUUCAGGGACUUGGCUUCUAGAGGUGCAUCGCCAAUGGACAUGAUGGCUAUGACAUUCUGCGAGGAGAAUGGGAUUCCAGUUGUCAUUUUCAAUCUUCAUGAGCCGGGAAAUAUAUCAAGGGCAUUAUGUGGAGAACAGGUCGGCACCCUGAUUGAUCAAACAGGGCCUAUUAGUUAGUGUUCGGUGGACUUCGUUAUCUGGCUAAAAGAUUCACAAGGCAUUUAAACGUGUGAUUUCUUGAAAAUUCUGUUCAAGUAACAUCCGUAUAACAGAGUGGAGUUCAAAUUGAUUCCUUUUCAAUGAAGCUGUCUGCACAAUAUGGGGAGAUGGAAAAAGUCCCUAAUUUUAUACCAAAUGAAUGGGGUAACUGCUGAUGGGUAAAAUUCCCAAUCUUAUACUCAAUUGUAAUAGAAAAUCUCUUGAUAAUAUCCUUGGCCAUCUUCUUGUAAGACGACCUUUGUGAAAUUGAUUUAUGUAUUGGGAAAGUGAGUGGAUCCAUUACUAUUUGAUAAAAUCUAAUCUUGCACUUGUGGAGUUAAGGAAUUCUAGUUAUAUUCUUUGGGAGACCUGACUCAUCCUAGUUUUAAGUUUCAGUGCUUUUUUGCUUC